CAGUGUACAUACGCUGUGGACAUUUCCUUACUUCGAGAAAAGUUUGCGUAUUUGGUAUGUUGUAUUAAGACUUUAUAAGGAUUAUGCGUUUUAACGGCAGUGUUUGGUGGACUAUGUGACAUCACCAGUCCGAUAAUUAAAAUCAUGGUGUACCAGUUAUUAACUUAACGGAUAUUACAGGGGGCAAGGCCACCGUCGGAGACGAGACCAGCAUGCCGUCUCCAAACAACCGGAAACAAGGCCGCAACUGGCUGGAGACGAUGGUAGAGCUACCCUCAGCGAUAGGUGAAGAAGACGUUACUACUACUGGAAACGGACAAGUUCAGGGCUGUGAACAUGCCAGAGAAGGGGAGGGCGAGGAGGCGGCAGUGCCUGUUGGUGAGAGGAUGCCGGGAGACGGGGCCAGCUGUUCCGCGCCUGAUGACCAGCGCAUCAGCGAAGACGAUUCCAAUAGCAUUAAUCCAUUUGAAGCCGAAAAUGAUCCAGUGAACACAGAGGGCAUACUACGGACAGGGAGAUACUAUAAAGGAAUAUAUUGGCCCUCCUUAACAAAUAGUUUCAAGGACGAAGCAAUAGAAACUUCAUACCAAAGAUAUUCCCGGAGGCAAAGGCAGAAAUCACUCAUUAUGGUUAACGUAGUAGACUUAGCACUUAAGAUUUGCCUGUCCCUCAUAUACACAAUGAGAAAUAAUAUUGUAAACAGUUCUGAUAACACGGCAGACCCGUACAACAUAGCGUGGACAGUGGCGUUCUCUUGGCUGAACGUGGGCGUAUGCCUGCUGGGCUGGUGGCGGUGUUUCGCCAACAACUACCUGCACUGGGCUGCUGCAGCCACCUGGAUACUACUCAUCGCUCAGGGUUUAAGUGGCCAGGGUAUCGGGUUCCAAGCACCUGAGAAUCAAGUGUGGUACAUGCUGUUCAUAAUAUUCGUGCCGUACGCGAUGCUGCCGCUGUCGCUCGGCUGGUGCAUUGUUGUUGGGGUGCUGUCAUCGCUAGCUCAUAUACUUACCACGCCGACCAGCAUUAAAGAGCUCAUGGACAGUUACCCUCAUGCGGCUCACUCAUGUUGCACGAGAAUGUUGAUUAGCAACGCGUUGCUGUACACGGCUGUUAACUUCGCGGGCAUGUACGCCAAGUACUUGGCCGACUGGGGACAGAGGAAGGCCUUCCUGGAGACACAUCGGUCCAUGGUCACCAGGCAGAAGACAGAACGGGAAAGCGACAGACAGUGGAAGUUGUUUCUGAGUGUGAUACCGGUUUUCAUAGCGCGUGAGAUCUACAGCAGUGUUUCGAAGGUGAAAGGUGAAUUCCAAGAACAACAAUUCAAUGAUUUGUACAUACAGCGGUACCAGGAUGUUUCUAUACUUUACGCUGAUAUCAAAGGAUUUACAGAACUGUCGAGUAAGUGCAGCGCGCAGGAGUUGGUGAAGCUCUUGAACGAAUUAUUCGCCCGUUUCGACAGGUUGGCAUCGGACAAUUAUUGCCUGCGCAUCAAGUUACUGGGCGACUGCUACUUCUGCGUGAGCGGUCUGCCGGAGCGGCGCGACGACCACGCGCACUGCACCGUCAACAUGGGCCUCCACAUGAUACGGGCCAUACGCGACGUGCGAUACAACGCACAGGUGGACCUGGACAUGCGUAUUGGCAUUCACAGUGGCACAGUGCUGUGUGGGGUGCUCGGGCUCCUCAAGUGGCAGUUUGAUCUCUGGUCGCAUGACGUCACUCUCGCUAACCACAUGGAGAGCGCCGGCCUACCGGGCCGCGUGCAUAUAUCUUCUGCUACCCUGGAGUGCCUCAACGGUGCGUUUGAAGUGGAACCAGGUGACGGCGGCAGUCGGAACCCGUAUCUCAAAGAGCAAGAGAUCACAACAUACCUCAUCAGGACCACGGAACAGCCGCGUCGGACCAGACACAAGUCCAAACCCUGUACCCAACAACAACAAUGGGAAAUGGUGUCGCGUAGACCUAGCAGCAGUAUCGAGGACGAGAUGACCACCGACUGGACUCCGGAGAUGCCCUUCCAGAAUUACUUCUCGUCGAGCGCGGCGGGCGUGGUGCGAUGCCGGCGGCCACGAGCCAGCGACUUGCACGACUCUGAAGAGCCACGUCUAGUACACUCACACGACGAGGACAUAAUAGACGAGAUUGAGGUGAGCAGCAACCGGCGUAUGCGCUUGGUGAACAUGAGGCCGUGGUCGCUGUACUUCCGUAACAACUUGUUCGAGAGCCGUUUCGCGCAGCUCGACACCGGCACCUUCAAAUCCACCGUCAUGUGCUGCCUCGUGCUGUGGCUGUUCAUCGUCGCCACGCAAACCGUCAUGCACUACAAUUGCACAACACUAAUGGUGCUGCUAGCGGUGAUGACUAUUCCGCUGUUGAUGUCAUUCUUGAUGGUGAUGGCUGAAGAGUUCCCUUCUGUGUUUCCACAUUUGAAAGUCGUGUCCUCACGUCUCAGCAAUAGUAGAGUACGACGAGAUAUACACAUCUGCUGUUUCGUCACAAUCAUGUCAAUAUCCAGCACCACAAAGCUCUACGUGUGUCCGUGGUCGUUCAAUCAUAACACGACACAAUUUAACACGUCACAAAUAAAUGAGACGCAAUCGUCGAACAAUGUAGAGGGAGAAUGCUACCGGCCCGAGUACGUGGUCCUCACCUGGGUGCUGUGUCUGGUGGCCCUGACCUCUAUAUUGAAGCUGUACUACCUCAUCAAGACCUGGCUAGCCAUCAUCAACGUCGCCAUGUACACCGUCUUGCUGUUGAUCUACUAUGACUUCAAUUAUAGCACCAACAGUGGGUCUGAAUUAAAAUACUACGUGCAAAUGUUGAUCCUGAUGAUGAUGUUCCUGGUUGUGGUGGUGUACCACGCGCGACUCAUCGAGGUCACCUCCCGGCUCGACUUCCUCUGGAAGCUGCAGGCGGAGACGGAUCUCGUCAAUAUGAAGGACACGCAGCGCGUCAACCGCCAUCUGCUGACGCACAUAUUGCCCGAUCACGUGGUGAAUCAUUUCCUAAGCAAAGACAGAUGUCCGGACGAACUGUACUCCCAAUGGCGGGACGAGGUGGGCGUGAUGUUCGCCGGUAUACCGAACUUCCACGAGUUCUACUCGGAGGAGAAGGCGGUCGACUGCAUGCGGCUGCUGAACGAAAUCAUUUUGGAUUUCGAUAAACUGUUGAUGCAAUCUCGCUUCAAGAGCAUCGAGAAGAUCAAAACUGUUGGCGCGACGUACAUGGCUGCCUCCGGACUCAAUCCUAAACAUAAGAGCGGCGAUGAUGACUGCAAACACUUGUGCGCGUUGGUUGACUAUGCGUUCGCCAUUCGUGAGGCGCUCGAAGAUAUCAACAAACACAGCUUCAAUAAAUUUCGACUUAGAGUUGGAAUAAGUUGUGGUCCACUGGUGGGCGGAGUGAUCGGCGCUCGUAAGCCGGUGUACGACAUCUGGGGGAAUACGGUGAACGAGGCGUCCCGCAUGGAAACUACCGGACAAAUGGACCGCAUACAAGUCACCAAAUACACCAAGCAGCUGCUGGAGCGUCGCGGCUACAGCCUGAAGUCGCGCGGGCUGGUGGAGGUGAAGGGCAAGGGCCGCAUGGAGACGUGGUGGGUAAGCGAGCGCACUACUACGACGUCGGAUAUGCAGCCGUUGGCCGUGUUCGAGCCUCUGCCCGAGCCUGCGCCGCCUCCCGCGCCCGCAGCCCCGCCGCGCUCGCUCGCCGCCAUCGUGUACACCAUGCUGCAGGCCAGAAAGCGGAUCUACACGCACCCGCUCGACUCCGCCGCACUGCCGGGCCGUGCAGGUGCUGGAGGUGGAGCUCCGGCGGCGGGCCCGCGGCGCCGCGCCCACACGGACCUGCGCCGCGCGCGCACCAGACACGCACGCGAGGCGGACGUGGAGCUGGGCAUGCGUCCGCACGCGAGCAGCAUGGUGGUGCGGCGGCCGCGCGCGCUGGCAGCCGUCACGGCCAGCCUGUCCGCGCCGCACACGCCCACCGCCGCGCACGCCGCGCACGCCGCGCCCGCACCCUCCGCCGCCACCGCCGGGACCCCUGCCACCCCCGCAACCCCCGCCCCCGCCGCGACAACCGACCCGCCGCCCAAACUCGGCAUAGGAGCUAGAUUAAAAGCUGCCAGCUUUUCUUACCGUACGAGACCACAAAGGGAUCGUUCGCCAAAGAUGCAGGAACAACCCAACGGGGGCUCCGGGGCAUCACUAGCCAACGGCACGCCCGGCUCUUUCCGCUUCCGAUCCGUCACCACGGCCUCUUUCUUGCGCGCCCGAAAAGACCAAAAGAAACUGAAAGAACCAGAAGAUCACAAUGAGAACAGAGAGAUUGUAACUACUAGAAUGUAAAAUAGGAGGCUCAAUAUGACUAACACCAUGCCACAGGAGAAAAUGGAGAACAUAGACUUGAGAGAUUUUAAUUUCCCCAACAUGGGAUAUGUUAUGUAAAUAUUUAUUACCAGAGCUCGGUAGAACUAAUGACAUAUUUUAUACUAUUUUGUAGUAUUAUA